UUUAACCUCAAUUAAUUUCGAACCAUUCAACUCAUCUUAGUGAAUCACAUAUUCUAUUUGAAGAAGCAAACAUAUAAAUUUUUGUCUUAAAAACAUUUACAGAAAGUGAUAAUCAACAUUCCAAUAGUAUAAAAAUUAUAAUUAGUCCCUAAAUAUGACGAAAUCCGAAUAGCUUUCAAAACUUGAUGCUAAUUCAAUAUUCCUAAGGUGUGAUAAUGUCGAAGUUAUUAAGGAGGUCUUUAAUAUUAUUUGGAAGGUCAAAUAUAAUACGAAACUACAGGCAAAAUGCGUUUGGAAAAUAUCUUUUGUUCACAAAUACAGUUAGCUCAGGGAUUCCAAUGUUUUUUGGCGAUCUAAUUCAGCAAGAAAUCGAGUAUCAGAAUAAAAAAUUAGCAAAACGAUAUGACUAUAAAAGAUUAGGGCGAAUGUUACUAUUUGGACUGGCUGUAGGGCCUGUACAUCAUUAUAUUUAUAUAAAUCUCAAUAAGUACCUUCCAGGGAGAAGUAUGGCCAACAUUGCCAAGAAAAUUUUGACAGAUCAAUUAUUAAUAGGUCCCCUAUGCAUUUUAUUAUUUUUCUCUGGCCUUGGAGUGUUAGAAGGAAAAUCACUGGAUAGCAUAAAUAGUGAAAUUAAAUCGAAAUUCCUAGUGGUUUAUAAGAUGGAUUGGGUUAUUUGGCCUCCUACACAAUUCAUAAAUUUUUAUUUUGUACCUGUGAAAUACCAAAUAAUGUAUAUAAAUUUGGUAACAGUUUUGUAUGAUGUAUUCUUAUCAUAUGUUAAACACAGAGAUCAAGAUAUGGAUAAAAUUGGAGAAAAGUACAAUGAAUGACUGAAACCCCCUCUAACAAAUUUUUAUGUUAAUAAAUAUUGAAAUUUUAUUGUAGUUAAAUGAAUAAUUGUUAUUAUUUUCAAUUCAUAUUUAUUGUACAAAUAAAUUGUUGAUGUCUCUUA